AGCUUAGCUUCACUUUGGUAGCUGGUUGUUUUCCUCAUCGCCGCCCGGGGUCCUCACUCGUCGCCGCUGAACUCCGACACUGCAAAACCUGUCGUUACCUUUCCAGCGGCGCUAAAGACGGACCACAGGCUCCAGAUGGACCAGCCGGACCAAUCCUACAUGUUUGCCAGUCUCACACGGCCUCACUCGGAGCAGCUGCUGCAAGGCCUCCAGCUCCUGCGGCAGGAUCAUGAACUAUGUGACAUUGUCCUGCGUGUGGGCGAUGCCAAGAUCCAUGCCCACAAAGUAGUGCUGGCCAGCAUAAGUCCUUACUUCAAGGCCAUGUUCACGGGUAACCUGUCAGAGAAGGAGACCUCAGAGGUGGAGUUCCAGUGCAUCGACGAGACUGCCUUGCAGGCCAUCGUAGAAUAUGCCUACACUGGCACUGUGUUUAUCUCCCAGGAAACAGUGGAAUCUUUGCUCCCGGCUGCUAACUUACUCCAGGUUAAGCUAGUACUUAAGGAGUGCUGUUCCUUUUUAGAGAGCCAGCUGGAUGCUGGGAACUGUAUAGGCAUCUCCCGCUUCGCAGAGACAUACGGCUGUCACGAUCUGUGCCUGGCUGCAACUAAGUUCAUCUGUGAGAACUUUGAGGAAGUCUGUCAGACGGAGGAGUUUUUUGAACUGACGAGGGCGGAGUUGGAUGAAAUUGUGUCCAAUGACUGCCUUAAGGUUGUCACGGAGGAGACUGUAUUUUACGCCCUGGAAUCAUGGAUCAAAUAUGAUGUAACUGAGAGACAGCAGCAUCUGGCACAGCUGCUGCACUGUGUUCGCCUUCCACUCCUCAGCGUCAAAUUCCUCACUCGCCUAUAUGAAGCCAACCACCUUAUACGAGAUGACCACACAUGCAAGCACCUGCUCAAUGAGGCCCUCAAAUAUCAUUUUAUGCCAGAGCACCGACUCUCCUAUCAGACAGUUUUGUCAGCACGGCCCAGGUGUGCUCCAAAAGUGCUGCUUGCAGUCGGAGGCAAGGCUGGACUGUUUGCCACGUUAGAAAGCAUGGAAAUGUAUUUCCCUCAGACAGAUUCAUGGAUAGGACUGGCCCCUCUCAGCGUGCCACGAUAUGAAUUCGGUGUAGCAGUGCUGGACCACAAGGUUUACGUGGUGGGAGGCAUUGCUACACACAUGAGACAGGGCAUCAGCUAUCGGAGACACGAGAGCACAGUGGAGAGCUGGGACCCCGAAAGCAACACCUGGUCCUCAGUGGAGCGCAUGGCCGAGUGCCGCAGCACCCUUGGCGUGGUGGUGCUGGCAGGAGAGCUGUAUGCUCUGGGGGGCUAUGACGGCCAGUAUUACCUGCAGUCGGUGGAGAAAUAUGUCCCUAAGUUGAAGGAGUGGCAGCCAGUGGCACCCAUGACAAAGUCCCGCAGCUGCUUCGCCACUGCUGUGCUGGAUGGCAUGGUGUAUGCUAUUGGAGGGUAUGGCCCAGCCCACAUGAACAGCGUGGAGCGGUACGACCCCAGCAAGGAUGCCUGGGAAAUGGUAGCCCCCAUGGCAGAUAAGAGAAUCAACUUUGGAGUCGGCGUCAUGCUUGGCUUCAUAUUUGUGGUGGGUGGUCAUAAUGGAGUGUCACACCUGUCCAGCAUUGAGAGGUAUGAUCCACACCAGAAUCAGUGGACAGCCUGUCGGCCGAUGAACGAGCCACGCACAGGUGUAGGUUCUGCCAUUGUGGACAACUACCUCUAUGUGGUGGGAGGUCACUCCGGGUCAUCUUACCUGAACACUGUCCAGCGCUAUGACCCCAUCUCAGACAGCUGGUUGGACUCAAGCGGCAUGUUGUACUGCCGUUGUAACUUUGGCCUGACUGCCCUUUGACCCAUGGCCCAGCCGGCUAGGACCCAAUAAGAGAACUUAGACACAAAGACUUUUCUUUUUUGUUGUCUCCUCCUCCGUCCCACAUUCAUCCUCCAGGUGCAGAGUAGCGCUGCACAGAAAUGGGAACACCAGAGGAGAGAUAGAGAGCCUGCUGGAUGGAUCAAUGUGCCAGGCAAGCUGGCUGGCGAGAGGGGGACCACAGACAUGGCUGCAACGGUGAAGAGCUACAAAGUUGCGUGGAUGAGAAAGUAAGAGAAUUGGACGGCUGUCACAGGCACAAGGAGACGACCGCUCUACUGCUGCUGGACCACAAUAAGGACUCUGAGCCAUUUCCCAGAGGAUUGUGGGAGAAAUCUUGUCACUUUUUUUCAUAAUUCUGUUAUGUCAGCAAACAUUUGUGUUUUAUUUCCAUUAUACCAUUUAACACCCACAAUUGUUUUUCUUGAAUUCCCCUGCUGCAAACAGAACCAUAUCUUCAAACUUUAGUCGAACACCGCUUGUGUACUUGUAUGAAAUAUGUGGUUGUCGGCCAUGUCGGUGUGUAUGUCUGUGUGUAUGCUCGAGGAGUACGUGCAUGUCAGAUAGGAUUGUUUUGUUGCGUGUUUGUGUGCAGGACCGAUGCUGGGGCUCAGCGACCCAUGAGUUCUGCUUCACAAAACAGAAACGUUGGAAUCUUUAUAUUUUCUCAAAAAGGGCUGCCUUUUUUCCUCUAUUGUAAAUGGUCUAAAUGAAAUAUAUAGAUGAAUAUAUCCUAUA